UAUCUCUGCCAAAGUGCCAACAAAGGUAACGUAUUUGAAAUAAACAAAAACCAGAAUGUUUUUCUUUUGGACUUGAAAUAAUAUGCAAUCAUCUUUGGGCUUGCCCUUUGGGUUAUUCACCAAUAUAUAUGCAGUCCCGCCUCUGACCUAUGCUAUCAUGGGUCCAAACAAAAUUCUGGUGUUAUUUUACUAAUUAGAAAAGUUCAUUUUAAUUUGUUAAAUUAUCAAUUAGUUGGUGAACUUAUAACAAAAAAGAUCCAUGAUUAAAAAAACCAAUUUUAAAUACAAAAAGACAAUAAUUCUUUUUAAAUUUCACUGUUCUUAAUUUUUUUACAACAAAACCUAAUUUACACUUAAAGCCCACUUUUCUUUUAAUACCACAAAUUUUUGUUUGCUUCAUUUUAAAUAAAUGCAAUCUUUUUUAAAAAAAAGGUCUCUAUUUUAUGUUUGGCUUAAGGACAUUAAAUUUUUUAAGACGACACUGUAUAUAUGGGUUUUCUCUCAUAAAGGUAAAAGACUUAUUAUCUAAUAAAGUAGAAGUAAUUGAUUUUAGAUUUCAAUAGUUGAUAUUUUAGAUUUUUGUUUUAUUUUUUUCAGUGCUAAAACAAAAAUUUGUUUUACAAUCAAUUUUGUGCAAAUUUUAGAUUUAAAUACUAUUUAAUAUCUAAUAGAUACUAAAAUUUUUGAUAAUCAAACUAUUAAAUGCUAAACUUUUAAUAUUUUAAAUUAUUAUUCAACAAUUAUAACAUUAUAAAUAUAACAUGUACUUUUUGUAUAAUAUUAUCAUCUCCGAAAUCACGGAGAAACAUGCUAGAUUGGAUAUAAUUGGAAACAUUAAAAUAAAUGAAAAUCUAGCAUUGAUGUCAUAAUUUUCUUAAUACAUAUUUGUGAUAAUCAAGUGUUAAAAAAAAACAUAUUUGUGAUAAUCAUUAUUGGUAAUAUUAUUUGUUUAGUUAUUGUGGUAAGAUGAUUCUUGAUUUUGUUUUCUUUUAGAAUUGAAUUAAAUAAAUUAAUAAUAAAAAAAAUCAUCAACUAAUCAAAUUAAAACAAUUAAUUAGAGAGUUUUCAUAUGAAUGACACUUAAUAAAAAAUCACUAAAUAAUUAAUAUAUAGUAAGAAAUAUGAUACAGUAAGAUAAGAUUUAAAAUUAAAGGAAAAAAAAAACACUUUUUAGUAUUUUGAAUCUGAAUCGAUGAAACCGAAACACUGAAUGGGUGUUUCCAUUCCAAAACCGACGUCAUUUCUCGAUGCUAUAAAUUGCUCGCGGAGAUGAACAUGGAUAGUCACUUCAUUUCUUCUCCGACAACUUCUCCCUCCUAGGUUUUUGUCUUUCCAUCAAGACAUGCAUGCGAACAUGGCUGAACCUGCAACGGAAGAGAAGAAGAUGAUACCAGACUGGACUAAGCUCCCUGAAGAGCUGCUUCAGAUUAUCACCCAUAAAAUGAACUGUUUCGAUGUUGUUCAUGCUCGCUCUGUCAGCACCUUGUGGCGAUCCGCAUUCCCAUAUCCGGCUUCCCUGCUGCGCUCAAGUUACUCUCUUCCCACUUAUCCUGUCGAAAAGGACGGCUUGUGCUCCCUCCACAAGAUCCCUCUUGUCCUCGUCAUUGAUGAGUCGGCUUGUGAGUUUUUCAUGGGAUUAGUAGGCCGAGAUGAGUCUGCUGACUACAUGGAGGAGGUUCCAUCUCCUCUUCAGUGCUCGCUAAGGGUGAAGAUGCGAAAAUCUGAUCCAACAAUAUUGAUGAACGUGAUCGGCUCCCAGAUCGUAUCUCUAGGCCAUCAGUACACAAUGGUUUGUUGGGAUCCUAAAGGAUUGAGAACAACUUACAAAAACGCUGCUGCUAUUCUUCCGCUAGGAGGAGGAGAGUUCGUUGUGCUCCGUAUCUUCUCGGGAACUUUGUUCGUGUUAACAAGUGCUAAAAGGAAGUGGGUGCAGCUUCGGGGCGUUCCAAGUUUUCGAUGCACUGCUUUAGUCACUUUUAGAGGAAGAUUCUAUGCUUCUUUCUUCUAUGACAAGGAAAUUCUCGCUAUCCAUCCUUAUUCGCUAGUAGCAGUUCGCCUGAUACCUCAAAACUUUACCUGUGAAAUCACUUAUCUGAUUCCAGCUGGUGAUGAUGAGCUUUUCCUGGUUAAGAAAAACAAACCUUAUAAUGGUCCGGUAACAUGUACAGUGAGUAGGCUGGAGGGUUUAGGAUGGGCCGAGGUCGAUGAUAUAGGAGACCGUGUGUUGUUUCUUGGAGAAGAUCAUGCAAAUGUCUGCUUCUCGGCUAACCAGCUUCCUGAUGGUUGUGGUAUGACCGGGAACUCGAUUUUGUUCUCCGCACCACCAGGCGAUGAAACCUACUUCUGUAAGUAUGGACCACCCGAAGUUCCAAAAGAAAACGUGGUGGGUGAAUGGAGAAGCUCAAGAGAGAGCCGUGUGAAAUUCAUUGAUUCUCAUGAGGCCUAUGCUUUCCGGGUUGAGUUUUGA